AUGACCCAGGGCAGUCGGCCUGACGUGCCGCCGGUGCCUCAAGUCAGUGGCGAGAUGGUGUUGGGGGCGAGCCCCGUGGCCCGCACUCCGGCGCGCCGGCGCGCGGCGAAGGCGACUUCGGUGCUGCGGCCUCAGGAGAUCGGGGCCUCGAGCUCGUCGGCCCCAGAGGCGGAGGCCACUAGUGCCGUCCCGCGGGAGUGGACGUCUGGGGGCGGAACGGGUGUCCUGGACAAGGCUUCACAGGAAGUCCGUUCCCGGCUUCAAGCCCUAGGUGAAGCCCUCCAGAACUACACGCACACGUUCCUAGCGUCGCGAGCCGCCGUCCGGAUAAACCCUAGCCCUGCUCCUCCCACACCGCCGGACGAAAUCGCCGUCGCCGGACGUGUCCGCCGGACACGUCGCCUCGUCCAAUCCCGCGCCGCCACCUCAGCACCGCCGCCCCCGCGCCCAAUCCCGAGCCGCCACCUCGCCUCCUCUCUCCUCCCACCGCGCCGCGGCCCGCGGAGCCCAUCCGGGGCCCGCUCGAGCCCAUCCGUCGCCGUCCUCCGGCCCCGCCGCCCAUCGCUCCGGUCGCCGCCGACCCCGCGCCCCUCGCCGGAGCGCCGCCGCGCCCUCCGCCCGUGGCCCACCCCUCCGCCGAGCGCCGCGCCGCCGCCCGUUGCCUUGCCGCCACCCACCGCCGCCGCGAGCUCCGCCGCCACCUCGCGGCACGACCCGCGCAGCCGCCGCCCAUCACCGCGCCACCUCGUCGCCCCGCCGUCCGCAGCCGCGUCUCCGGCCGCCUCCGCCGCUCCCCCGUGCCUCCCCGUCGUCGCCGGAGUCGUGUCCGCCCCGCCGGAGCUCGCCGGAGUUCUGCUCCGGCCAGAUCCGUGA